GGUAGAAACCAAGGGUGGUACGACCCUACACACCUGAAGAGGAGGCCAAGGCUGCCGCAAUCCUGAAGGAGAGGAGAGAGAAGAAGGAGGCCAAGAAGAAGGCCUUGUUGGAGGCGCAGGCGGCGAAAUUGAAGAAGAUUGAGGAGGAGAUGGCCAGAGAGAAGGAAAGAUUGAAAAAAGAGGAAGAGACGAAGUUAAAAGAGGUGGAAGAGGAGGAGGAGGAGGAAGAUGAGCAGCCGUUGGAAAGGAGGAGAGAGCAACGAGGGCAGUACAGUGGAAGUAAAAAUGAUGAAAUGGAAAAAAGGAUUUCAGAGUGGGUUGCUAACUUGUCUUUGGGGGAAGAGGAGGAGGUUGCCAUGUAUAUCCCCAAGGAUGAGCAGGAGGCCGCCAUGAAAGAAUGGGAUGCAGAGGAAGAUUCCCUGAAGCGGCAGGCGAUGGAGGAUGAGAAAAAGAUGGAGUGGAGGCUUAGGAUGAUGAGGGAAAAGAAGAGGAGAGUGGAUGCAGCAAGUGAGGUGGCCAAGGAAUUAGAGCAGGUGAAGAACCUGAGAGAACAGUUGACCGCCCAGGUGGAUCUCCAACGUAAGGUGGAGGUCAUUGCCCAGAGUGUUGAGCGAUUGGCCCGGGUACAGGGAGAACAAUACGAGUUUAGCAGAAGUCAGGAUAUGGCCGUACGCUCGAUGUGGAUGGGAUUUCGGGAUUUUGCCCGCGAACUGGUAGGCGUAGUAGGGGUCGAGGUGAACCAUCGCCUCGAGAAGACAGAACGAUUCUGCAUGGGCGCCAUUGAAGGCGUCAAGCUGACAGCUCCCAAGGAGGAAGAGGCACGUCCUUGCAGGGAGCCAGUCGAAGUCAAGUUCCCCGAUUCCUACAGUGAAAAGAGGGAAGACAAUUGGGAGGCCAACGUCAAGACUUAUGUGCAUUUGCAACAGGUCUCCCCGGAUCAGCAUGUCAAGACCCUCGAAGAGCAUCAGGGUCAUCUCAGGCAGGUCUUGGAGAAGCUGAGAGAAGCUAACUUCAAGAUCAACGCAAAGAAGUGCGAAUGGGCAAAGACCCAAGUGUUGUAUUUAGGCCACGUCUUAGACGGAGACGACAUCAAGCCCGAGGAUAGUAAGAUUGCAGCGAUCAGGGAUUGGCCUACGCCGCGUACGUUAACAGAGUUGCGGUCGUUCUUAGGCCUAGUAAACUACUAUAGGAAGUUCGUAAGGAACUUCUCCACUGUCGCUGCGCCCCUUCGCAGAUUGCCUAGGAAAGAGACCAUCUGGAAGUGGGACAAGGACUGCACAUCUGCCAUGAAGAAGUUGAAGCAUGCACUGAUAGAAUAUCCAGUCCUUAAGGUGGUCGAUCCGUCCUUACCCUUUGUCGUCACUACGGACGCAAGUCAGUACGGCAUAGGUGCUGUUCUGCAGCAAGACGAUGGCAAUGGUUAUAGACCCGUAGAGUACAUGUCUGCUAGGAUGCCGUCAGAGAAGGUAGCGACAUCUACUUAUGAGCGAGAACUCUACGCUCUCAGGCAAGCGCUAGAACACUGGAAGCACUACUUGCUUGGGAGGCACUUCAAAGUCUAUUCAGACCACGAGACAUUGAGAUGGUUAAAGACGCAGGCCAAGAUGACACCUAAGCUUACUAGGUGGGCCGCAGAGAUAGAUCAGUAUGAUUUUGAGCUCAAGCCAGUCAAAGGGAAGUAUAAUGUAGUUGCGGACGCUCUGAGUAGAAGAGCUGACUGCUUCGGAGCGAUAGUUCACUAUCUGGACAUAGGAAGAGACCCGCAGCAAAAGGUUAAAGAAGCAUAUGCGCAGGACCCUGUCUAUAGUGACCUCCUCAAGAGAGUAACGGAGGCCCCAGAGACCGAACCAGAUUACUGCACUACUGAGGGGUUGCUUUUUAAGAAGACUAACGUGUUUGACCGAUUAUGCAUUCCCAACAGUGAGGAGAUCCGUAGUCUGAUCUUGGGAGAAUGUCACGACACAGAAGGUCAUUUUGGUUGGCAAAAGACUUUAGCCAAUCUAAUGCACGCGUACACCUGGCCAGGAAUGAAGAAUGACUGCAUAGAGUAUGUCCGCAGUUGUAAAGUCUGCCAGAGGAAUAAGAUUACUACGCGUGCCCCGCUAGGUCUUCUCCGACCCUUGCCUAUUCCAGAUCAGCCAGGAGAUUCAGUGUCCAUCGACUUCAUGGACGCAGACGUCAAGAGUAGGCAUGGCAAGAGCCAAGUCAUGGUGAUAGUUGAUAGAUUUAGCAAGUAUGCUGUUUUUAUACCUCUGCCUUCAGAGGCACGAACGGAGUUAGUGAUCCGUAAGUUUUUUGACCAUUGGGUCAGUGAACACGGGUUCCCAUUGUCCAUAGUUAGUGAUAGAGACACCCGGUUCACAAGUCAGAACUGGCAGGAGUUGAUGAGAGUCUAUGGCUCUAAGUUGUUGAUGUCGUCCGGCCGUCAUCCAGAGACUAACGGCCAGACUGAACAGAUGAAUAAGUUCCUGCAGCAAGUUCUCAGAAUGUACAUUAGACCAGAUCAGGUUGACUGGGAUGAGAUGCUCCCCAAGGUAGCCAGUGCGUACAACAAUAGUGUGCACUUGUCUACGUGCCGCACUCCCAACGAACUGCACAAGUCCUUUAAACCGCGCAGUCCGUUUGAAGGGCUUAACCGGGGUCAAAUCCAUAAGCUACCGCCCGGUACUAGGGAGUUUGCUAUACAGCACGAAAAAGAACUAGCUACUGUUGUAGAGAACCUCAGGAAGGCCCAGCAUCGGAUGAUAGAGCAAGCCAACAAACAUCGUCGCCCCUCACAGUUCCAAGUUGGUGACUUAGUCUGGGUCAAAACUAAGGAGUUUGCUCCUGAGGAGAACAUCUCACAAAAGUUACUGCCUGCGUAUAGAGGACUGUGGCCAGUUCUAGAAGUCAAGGGCAGAGAAGAUGGUCCGUCAUACUCGAUAGAGAUUCCACUACACCUCCACACCUACCCAGUUUUCCAUGCGUCAAAGUUGUUGCCAUGCACAGUAAGUGACCAGUUUCCAUUGAGGCGUUCCAUGAUCCCUCCAGACAUGGAUGGAAGGUACGACAUUGACGGCAUUGUAGGUGAAGACGUGUUUAGAACAGGAGGUCGAGGUCGCCCUCAGAAACAGUAUAAAGUCAGAUUUGCAUAUCAGGAACCAGAAGACGACCGGUGGUUCACUAGAACUGAACUUCUAGAAACAGCUCCCGAUGUAGUCAAGGCCGACGAAAGAGACAAAAAGGGUAAAGGUCCUGCCGUGGACUGAAAUAUUCUCGGAGGACUCGAAUUUAGGCCGGCGGGAGUGAAACGGUCUCACUCUGGGAUCGGAUCAUCGUGAAGAAAGCAGAUGCAAAGUUCCGGUUCCCAUUUGUUCCAAACAAAUACAAGCUUGUAGA